AUCGACUGAUCAUUUCAUUCACAAUCAGCGAGCAGCCAACAUGGACGCUAGUAUGCACGUAUCUUCGUAGUCUUUGGAUAAAGGGUACUGAUUUCAGUGCUCGUUCUUGUGACUGAUAAUUGUUGUAGCAUUUGGCAGUCUGUGAUUAACGAAUGAAUUUACGUAAAUGGCGUUAAGUUUGCAAACCACACUAAAGUAAGUCAUAUUAUGGCGGGCGACAAGGUGCUACAACGGUGAGAAUUUAGCGGAUAAUAUUAAUAUUUUUUGUGGAAAUCAGAUUUGUUCAGUUUCGUAUUUGUGUCGCGUUUGGAAUAACCGGAAUUUUGAUCAUCAUGGUGAAAGAGAAGCCAAACUCAACCCGAAUAUAUGACGAAGAAGGCUUUAGAAGACGGGCAGCUUGUAUCUGUGUAAAAAGUGAACUGGAGAAAGAGGUGCUGCUGGUGACGUCGUCGCGACGGCCGGACCACUGGAUCGUGCCCGGGGGCGGCAUCGAACCCGAGGAGGAACCCAGUGUUACGGCGAUCCGGGAAGUCCUCGAGGAGGCCGGCGUGUGCGGGAAGCUGGGCCGCUGCCUCGGCGUUUUCGAGAACAGCGAGCGGAAACACCGGACAGAAGUGUUUGUACUCGUUGUAACAGAGGAGCUGGCCGAGUGGGAGGAUGCCAAGAGCAUGGGUCGUAAGCGCAAAUGGUUUACUGUAGAAGAUGCCCUGGAGCAGCUCUCUCUACACAAGCCAGUCCAACUGGCAUAUCUGCAGUCUCUGCUCACCUGUCGGAAUGAAAAGGUCACCUGAAUAGCUCCGGACAUCCUGAGUGUGUGUUUGCUUGCAUGUGUGUAGCUUGUGCUUGAGUCUACAGUCCAAGAGUAUGAAUGGUCAUCACAACAUGACCUGUCACAAAAAGUUCAGUUAAUGGGAAUUGGAUUGUUUGCAGAACUAUUCUGUUAAAUUCAUUGGUAUAAUAUUUAAUCUUUGACUAUUAUAUAUACAAACCUUCCAUCCACAUUAACCCUCUAAUUGCCAUAUACAGUGCUACUGGCUCUGUGAAAAUCAAGUAACUUACACAAGAUCUCCACCUAAUAGAGGAAGCAAAAAAUAUUUAAAAUGGAAUAUUUUGCAUAGUGUUGCCAUCUGUUAACAGAUACACAAAAUUAAUGCAACAGAAAACCUGCCUGUAAAAAUCAACCUGUCUUGAUCAUGGCACACAAUUAGAACACGUUUCCAUAUACAGAUCGGAUCAAUUUCAGGAAAAUGUAAACCUAUACUUUCCUGUUCCACUAACUGUAUCAGCUUUUAAAGGAAAUUCUUUUCUGAUCAGUAACUUUUCUCAUGAUGUUCAAAUUUACAAACAUUUUCAAAAGCUGUUUACCAAAUUCAUAUGCUUGGACACAAUGUGUAGGGAUAUAACAUGUAAAAACAAUUGUGAUUCAAAUUUUGUACCAUAACUGCUGGACACAGUUUAGACUUUUAUUGAUUGUAUGAACAUUGGCGUUUAAUUGUGAAAUGCAAAUCAGAUCAAAACUAGACCAAACGAGUUUUGCCUCACCAUCAUAUAGAACACCUGUGGAUGAGAUUUUGUAAGUCCAAUGUGACGGUUUAAUGUAAUAAAGGUUACAUCACCUUCAGUCUGCAUUCAUUCUUAACUUGUAAUCAUCAUAACAUUUUACCAAUAUUUAUGUUGAUGAAGAACUAAUAUAGUUGGAGCUAAUAAAAAUAAAUUAGUUCCCAACCUUAAGAAGUUUUAACAACAAACAAACAAUAUUAGUAAUUUUUUGUUUUAUUGCUUCCCAUUUUCAAAAUAAUACUCAUUAAAGUAGAGAUGAAACAAGUUCAUUGAUGCACAAGAAUAUGAGUGAAUGUUUCUGUUACUACUCUGUGUGUGUGUGUGUGUGUGUGUGAGCAUGUAUGUGUGUUGUGAGCAGUGUGCGUGACAAUAUCUUAGUUCAAACCAUACAAGCUACUGUAAUUCUUUUGCCCCACCCAUUUCCUUUUGUUUCCUUAUUUUUAAUUUCUUACCCUGUUCUUAUUCUGUGCUAUGACAAACAGAAUUGUAUUAUUCCACAAGAAGAAAACAAUGAAAUGCAAAUAAUUCCAGUUGUACAAUGAUGAAUUUGCAACAUGAAAUGCAGAGAACCCUGGAAUAAAUAUUCUAAACCAAAUGUAUCAAACUUGUAAAGAUAUCUUAUAUUUAUUUGUAAGAGGCAGCAAUAGAAGAUCUUGGCUUUUAAGGUUUAAAGUAAGAGACUUUUAUAUUGUUUUGUUAAUGUGUUUAGAUCUGACUGGGAUGUCAUCAGACUGCUCCUGCAGUUAAUCCCAUGUUUUUUUUUUCUUCUUUUCUUUUGCAACUGUACUGAAAUACCAUUUAAGUUAGUGAGAUUUUAUUGCUUGUUGCCUGAACUGUUCACUGUUGAUAUUGCAUUGUGAGAAGCAUCUACAAAUUGUGACAUAAAUUACAAGAACAAAUGCUAAACUCUUUGCCACAUUAGAAAUUUCCAGCUGUGCGAUAAAGUGACAUUGAAUAUUUCUGACCGUCAAUCUGAAUGUGUUUUGCUGUGGACUGUACUGUAGGAUAAGCAAAAACUACUCCUCCUGUACAUAUGGAAAGUAACCCAGGUCAAAUAUUUCAGUGUCAUAAGGCAGAACCAUUAAGCUUGAAAUCAAGGAGAUCCAAAUUUGACCCCUAGCUUUGAUAAUAAAUUUUGUUCACUUAAAAUUAGUACUAACUUUUAUUUUUAAAACCCGUGUUUAAUUUGUCAUUCAUUAAGCUUAGAUAUGCCUCUUCAAAAUGUAAUUUCUGAAAAACACGUGUUUGACCCAGUAAAAAAAUAUACUGUUUUCUCUACAGACUGCUCAUGCAUCUCUGAUAUUGGGAAGUGAGGCUUUCUUUUCCCCUUUUGUUUUAUGUUGACCAUUACUUUGUAGAGAACACUGUUUUCAGAGUGGAUGCAUGAGAUGCCAGUGUUGAAUAAUACUAUAAUUCUUCUUCAGACCUGUAAUCUUGCUGUUUUAGCAGAGUUUAUGAUACUUCUGCAGUGUACAGUAAAACAAAAUACUGUUGUGAUAAAGUGCAAAGUAAUUAAGUCCAUCCUGACAACUGUAAUUGUGACAUGUUUUACAUUCUUUUCCUGAUGAAUAUUAUCAUUUGUGCUUGCUUGACUUACUCUUUGACUCUGAAGAUGGAGGCAGUUUGUUUCUCCGAAAUGUUAGUAAACUUCUGCCAGACUACAUAAUGCCAACAUCCCAACAAAUAAGUACUCUUAGUCACUGUUCUGAGAAUCUCAGAUCUCUGUCCUCUUCAUUGCUGCAGGAUGGUGGAAAUCUAUGGUGAGCUGAGAAAGAACACAAUUUCUAACAAAGGCUUUACUUCUGUCUUUUAUGCAGUAGUAAUGCCUACAGUUAAGUCUGCUGCGGAUAACUCAUUUUCAUGAUUUUUCUGUGGAUCAUUACUAUGCAUGCAGAGAAGAUGAUCGUUUUCUCUGUUUCAUGUUCGUGAAAUUCCAGUGCCCAUGUGAAAUUGCUGAGAAUAAAAAUUGGUUCUCCUUUUUUAUAUUUAGUCAUAUUGUUAAUGGGAAUGCAUAGCACAGCAGUAUCGUUUUUAAUGUUUUCCAUGCAGGUUAGCCAGAACAAGUUCUUUUGUAUGUUCCCCUGGUAACAUAUUUUCCAGUUGUGAAAGGCUACAAAUAGCUUGCAUGGUCUGUAGAGAUCUGGUUUGUAACAAGAUAUCUCUGGUGUAGCAUGUUAAGGAUUAAUAAACAACACAGCUUUAGCCAACCUUUUUAUCAGAUGAACUGUAACUUCAUUUGCCUCAUUAUGUCAACAAUCAAGCAUUUGUAAGACCAUAUAACUUUUUAUAAUUACAAACUCUUAGUUUUGA